AUGGCGACGGAGACGUUCGCCAAGGACUUCCCCAUCUUCAACUCCUACGGCUGGGGCGUCAGCGCCAAGGCCGAGCGGUGGAACGGCCGCCACGCCAUGUUCGGCUGGGUCUUCAUCGUCGCGACGGGCUACUGCCAGGCGCACGGCCUCAUCCCGAACCCGUCGCAAGCGUUGGACUUCAAGGAGUGGGGCACGCUCGCCAUCAUCUCCGGCGGCAAGGGCGGCGGGCUGACGAUCACGAACGAGCGCGCCUGCAUCCUCAUCGCCAACGUCCACUUCCUCAUGGUCAGCCUCUGCGCGGCGUGGUGCCCGCUCCCGUUCCAGGACACGCUCCUCCUCGAGCAGGGCGAGCCCGACGAGGAGCCCACGGGCCUCAUCCCGGCCUUCGACACGGGCCUCACGCCCGCCGCCGAGAUGUGGAACGGCCGCCUCGCCAUGCUCGGCCUCGUCGUCGUCUCCGCGUACUCGCUCAUCUACCAGGUCCCCUUCCUCACGGCCGUCGACACCAUGCUCGGCGGCACGCUCCUCACGCCCCAGUAG